CCACCACGCUCGGGCCCCCCUACUUUUACAGGCAUAAAUAUAAAAAUAUAUUAACAGAAUUGUAAAUACUUAUAUUCAUACUUAAAACUAAUUCCAUUUUAGGGUCUGCCGUGCAGCGUAAGCGGUUUGCUGUAUCGCAGCCCUACGAAAGGCGUACAGCAAUCCCAGAUUCCCCCAGCGCAACGGUAUCCAACCAUGCUACUGCGGUUCCAAGUAAAUUUUUUUAUAUUUUAAUAAAUUUCAAUUCUUACCAUUAUUUUUUUGCGAGGUUGUUAAAAAAAACACUUAUUUCAGGUGAACCAGUUUCUCUGGCUUCGUUGCAAAAGGAGCUGAGAGAAAUGCGGAGCGAUAUCCGUGAAUCACUGGGGGAAAUAAAGACCACCUCACGGGACCUAGAAAGUAAGGUGGAAAGAAAUUUCAAGGACUUCGAAAAGAAGAUGCCAGAAAGAGCGGAAAGUCAGGUCCAGGGGCAGCUGAUGAGGGAGGUGAAAGUGGUGAUGACAAGAGUUCACCAGAGUAUUGCGCGCAUCACGGGAGAUGCUCUGAGUCCUGAGUAUAUCAAGAUUCAGAGUAUGCUCCCAAUAACAUCGCAGGAUGCGAUUAAUACUCUGGAGGAGCUCUUAAAUACCAAGUCAUUCUCCGAAGCAAUGCUAAAUAUUUUGCUGAAGCUGAGGGGUGCUAAAGGAUGCAUCAAAGGGGUGAUGAAGCGCGUUUACUCCGACGCCUUGAUGUUCCAUUACAAUUUUGAGGGGAAAGCCAACAAAUCGGCGCUUUUGGGCCUCAAAAGUCUGGAACUCAUUUUCGCACCCCGAAAAGCGAAGUCAUCGCUGAAAUUCGGAAAGCGGUUUUAAUGAGCCACAACCGACAUAAGCAAGUAGUUAGGAAACAAAAACCAAAAAUUAAUAUUCAAAAUAACAACUAAAACUAAAAUAUUUCUAAACCUAAUUUUAUAAUGUCAAAUUACUUUGAUUCAUGUUCAUU